CUCCAACCGGAAAGCCUAUAUCACAGAUCUCGGACGGACAGAUCCAGGCUCCAACCGGGAAGCCUGUAUCGCAGAUUUCCGAUGGUCAGAUUCAAGCACCUACUGGUUCACCGGUAUCGCAGAUUUCAGACGGGCAGAUUCAGGCGCCAACUGGAAAGCCUGUAUCGCAAAUUCCAGAUGGUCAAGUACAAGCCCCUAAGCCAUCUUCCUACAAGUCCGCUGCUCCACCGACACCACCAGCAGCACCAGCAGCGCCACAUGGCAGCUCUGCCUACGCCAUGGAGUGCCCAGUUCCAACGGUUCCUGCAAAGAUGGGCCCUGGUGCAAAGAAGCCACAAGUUCCAUUCAAGUUCCCACUUGCGAAUGGCUUCCCAGAUCUGAUGGUGCCAUCCCCAGAACUUACUGCUGUCGAGAAAUUGGCGCAAGGCACCCUUCCAAAUGGUGCACUACCCAAGAAUAUUUCGGAUGCAUCUGCCACCAACCUGCAGCUGGUUGCUUUCAACGAGAUCUUUGAGGUUGCAUACUUCAACUCACUGCUCAGUAACCUCACCACUGGCGAGUACGACCUGGGCGCUGCAAAGGACUUUGUGGUCAAGGCCAUCGAUACCGUUCAGGCGCAAGAGCAGCUCCACGCUCUGGGUGCAAACGCCAUUUUGGCUUCUGCCGGACGUACCACCAUCAAGCCAUGCGAGUACAAAUUCCCCGCUGCAGACUUCGACACCGCCAUCUCUACCGCUACGCUCUUCACCGAAGUUGUCCUGGGAACGCUUCAGGCUGCACAGACAACCUUUGCCACUACUGGGGACUCUGAACUUGUUGGCUUGUUUGGAUCUGUCAUCGGCCAGGAGGGCGAGCAGGUAGGCUACUACCGCGCCACUGGUCGCAAGGUGCCCUCAUCUCUCCCAUUCUUGACUGGUGGUGCUGGCGCUUUUGCUUUCUCUGCCCUCAACCAGCUAUUCGUUGUCCCUGGCUCAUGCGGAAACCUCGAAGAGAUCAAGAUCCCCCUCCUUUCGCCGUUGACCGUGGUCACUCCACCACCCGCUACCGGCGGUGAUGCUACCAUCACCUACUCCUACCCUGUCCUUCCCUCGGUCACUAGCCCCGAAAACCUUCGUCUGGUUCUCAUCAACCAGCAGAACGUGCCUCUGGUCUUUCCACUGGGCGAUCUGCAACGCAAUGGAGACACUGUCACCUUUACUGCCCCAUGGCCAUACACGAACGCCACCCUCAAUGGCUUGACCAUCGCCGCCGUCACCAACGGCCCAACCUCCUUCUCCAGCGUGGACGAAGUUGCCUCUGCUGCCGUCUGGGGACCAGGUCUCAUUUACGUCAACUAAAACGUCUAAUCAUUAGAGAGAAUUGACAGCAGAAAGGAAAAGAGAAAUUGUAUUACAGCACAGCAUCCAGCAUCAUGAGGACAGAUCCGAAGAAGAAGAGAAAGGAAAACGUAUGAUAAUACGAUGACGAUGGUGAUGGUGAUGAGAACGCUACGGCCUGCAAUCACGCCAUGACCUUAAUUGAUGUGGUUGGUGAGUUGGUUGGGGACUCUGACUUUAUAGUGUAGGAUGAUGAUGAUCAUGAUAUGACUGGACAGAGGGAAAAUAGCAGUAUUGAAUUAUCGACAAUUUUAAUGUAUUUAUGAUUUGAAGUGGAAUGCAAUAUGAUACAUUUCCACUAACGUCUUUAUCAC